CAAAGGAAUCCAACACCGAAAAAAAGAAGAGAGAAGAGAAAGAAGACCCAAAAGCAAGCUAAAGCUAAAGCUUAGAGCACUGUGUGUUGACAAGAAUUACAUUAGAGUGAAGAUAGAAAGAGCAACACAGAAUGGUUAAAGUAGGAGGCGUCUUUGUCUGUCUCUUGAUUGUUGCCAUGGACAUCGUAGCUGGGAUCCUCGGCAUCGAAGCUGAACUUGAACAAAACAAGGUGAAGCAAUUAAGGUUGUGGAUCUUUGAGUGUAGAGAGCCAAGCCAUCCAGCAUUCAAGCUAGGGCUAGGUGCAGCAGCACUUCUGGUUCUUGCCCAUAUCAUUGCUAACUUGCUUGGUGGAUGCAACAAUUGCAUUUGCUCUCAAGAUGAGCUGCAAAAGGCUCCUCCUAACAGGCAACUCUCACUCGCAUGCCUCGUCUUUACCUGGGUCAUUCUAGCCGUUGGAUUGUCAAUGCUGGUGAUAGGGACUUGGUCGAACCACAAGUCAAGAGCUUCGUGUGGAUUCACACACCAUCAUUUUCUUUCCAUUGGAGGCAUCUUGUGCUUUGUUCAUGGCCUCUUUUGUGUAGCGUAUUAUAUUACUGCCACUUCUACCGACUAAUUAUUAGUGAUUAGUAGCACUAAACCAGCCUCUUUCUUUAAGGAUUGUUUGUGCCUUUCUCAACUUUACUAAUCCAUCCCUUUCAUAUUUUCUAACUAGCUCUGAAGUGAUAACUCUCCCCUCGAGUGGAACUUCUGCCAUUUGAGUU